AAAUCAUCGCGUCGACAUGGACGAGCAAAACCGACCGGCCAAGCGUCAACGUAUUGGGAAAGCAUGCACUUCAUGCCGCACAUCCAAAGCACGCUGCGAAGUUCAGCAGGGCGCUGACGCGUGCCAUCGCUGUCAAUACUUAAGUCUCGAGUGCGAACUGCCAAAGCGUGGUUUGAAUCGUGUCUCGAUACCGGCUCCUUCGGACUCGGCCAGUGAUAGUAAUGUCGAGAACCGUCUGAAAAGCGUUGAACAGAUGAUUGCCAAGCUAUCCGAGGCAGUGUUUCCUCAUACAGCCCUGAACGGGGUUGAUGUCAAUGAUUCGAACAGUCCUGAUGGCCCCACGGAGGAACACACGACAGAUGCAACCAUAGCACACAGUUACCCCAAACCAGUCGAGAUCCUUCAAGAUCUGCAGUCAGAGUUAUAUACUCAGUCAGGUCAAUCUUCUUUGGAAGAGACGGACUGCCUUGACGUGGUCUCCGUGGGUAUCCUGCCUCUCGAAAUUGCGGUUCAGCUUCUUCGAACGUCCAUCGACAGGUACAGCAAAUGGAUCCCUGUAGCUGAUAUUGUGAAGUUCGUCAGUAAUGUGACUCGGAGUCUCUCCUACAGCUCACCUCUCCUGAUGAGUGUGCUCUGCUUACUGGCAACACGUUAUCACCCCGGGAUCCCUUCGCAGGCAGUGCAAGAUAUGUACAAGCACGUGAAGCGUCUCGUUGCAGAUGCAGUCAUAGCGACACCCCCUGUUGCAAGUAGUGUCAUCCAGGCACUGACCCUACUCUGUCUGUUCAGUCCUGCUGUACAGACCGAUAAGCCUCUGGACAGUUGGCACCUGAGUGCUAGCACUGCGAACCAUGCAGUCGUCGCUUUCGGGCCAAGCAACGUCAAACAACCAGGUACAACCGAAGAGCGGACCAUUGAGCAGUUGCGUGUCUGGAGUGGACUGUGCCUGACUCAUCUACAAUACUCCAUAGGCAGUGGCCGACCCCUCAGUAUCUCAGUUCGACUCAUGGAUGGCUGUCGUCGUCUACUGGAGCAGCCUACGAUCAUGUCUUUCGACACACCAUUGAUAGCCGAGCUACAAUUCUACAUCUGCCUCCACACAGCUCUACAAAAUCCUACGGCGACUGCAGACUCCGCGUUCACCUCUUGGAACGUUGCAUGGAGCCGCUUUAUUACUAGCUCUGGCCCGCCGAGGACACUCGAGUUGUCUCACUGGUUUGGGCAUUUGCUGCUUCACCGUCGCAAUGCCUCUUCUCAGCAGGACUUGUCAUCGCAAGCUAUGCAGGAAAAGAAUAUACCGGCUUGGCGCGAAAGUGCGAAUAUUGUCUCGCAGUUUGUGCGUCACUCUGCAGACCAAGCGCCUGACCUACCGGACUUCGCGUUCUUCAUCGCAUCCUACGCUGCACUAGUGCUUUGCGAAAGCGCAAUCGAUCAUCACUUGGUAGAGAACCUACGAGCAUAUCUUUUCAAAGUCGCGUGCGGUGAGUCGCACAUUGCAUUCAAGCAUGGGCUCAUUGUACAACGCGCAUUAGAAAGGUCAAGGCACGCAGACCCAAGCGGAGAAGACGCCACAAGUGGUGUUGUAGAGGCACCAUCUCACACUGCUGAGACGCCGUUGCCCUCUCAAGUCAUGGGGAUGGGGGACUUCGAUGCCUUGGCUGGCUUCGAUAUCUUUGGCGAAUACUUCACGGUUGAAAGUCUGCUG